CUCAUUCUCGGUCUAAAGUCCCUAAUUUACCUUCACGGAGGAGGACUCCUUUUUUUGUUUUUUGUUGUUGUCUUCGUAUUCCUUCUCCAUCGACGCCAUGUCUGGCCGCGGCAAGGGAGGGAAGGGGCUGGGCAAGGGUGGGGCGAAGCGCCACCGCAAGGUUCUCCGCGACAACAUCCAGGGCAUCACCAAGCCGGCGAUCCGCCGCCUUGCUCGUCGAGGUGGCGUGAAGCGGAUCAGCGGCCUCAUCUACGAGGAGACUCGGGGGGUCCUCAAGAUCUUCCUCGAGAACGUCAUCCGCGACGCUGUCACCUAUACCGAGCACGCUCGCCGGAAGACCGUCACGGCCAUGGAUGUCGUGUACGCUCUCAAGCGCCAGGGUCGCACUCUCUAUGGCUUCGGUGGCUGAGUUCCUGUUGGAUGUUUUUGGAAUUAGGUGGGGUGAGGGUAUGUGCGAGGGCUGGGGUUUCUUGUUGGAUUUGGCUUUGUUUAGGUUGUAAAUCUUCCCGGGUCUUGUUUUGGGAUAGAAAAAGGUGUAAUCUUUUUCAAUUAUGAAAUGAAAAUUUAAAGCUUUGCUGGAAGAA